ACAGUCGUAAAAAGUGAUCAAGGCCUUAAGUGACCUUUGAGAUCUAGCCUACCAAACCUCCAACUCUCAUAUCUGCAAAUGAUAAAGGUCUUACGUGAGUGAGGUUCGCAAACAACGCGACUGAAUAUAACAAAAUAAGGCAUGUUGUCCUUCAUUUCCUGGUUUGUUCCAAGUGUUCCUACAUGGCUAACACCAAGUGCUAUUCCUUUACAUAGUGUUUUACAAGGGCUUGUGGGUGCUUGUGGAAUCUGGGUUCUCCGUAACCUUUUAAAAACAUACUUGUUUGUUGAGGCACAGAGUAUUGCAGAUCCUGAAACAGACCUUAAACAAAAGAACAGACUUAAUGGUGGACUAACAGAGAAAAUCCAGUUCUGGAUCCUUACAGUGGUUCUUUCCGUUGUGGGGUCCCGUGUUGCAUCACUGGUAGUUUUAGAAUUCUCUCUUAGAGCCAUUUCAGGACGGAUCACAGGAGGAUCAGACUCGAUAAUUGACCCAUUGUUACUGCUGUUUGUCCAGUGCCAGUUCUCUUUGGGCUGCGCACUAACCUGCAGCCUUAAUUUCCUCCAUGAGGGGGCGCCGCAAGGCUGGCUAAGCCUCCUCCUUGCAGUUGGACUAAGCUGGUUCUUGGCAAGCCGAUGCAGCAAAGUUUGGAGACAUGUAAAGACAAUGUAUCCAAUACAUAGUGCACAGCGCUAUUGUGGACUUUGCAUUGGACUCUUAACCACUGGCACUUAUAUAUUAACCUGGCUCUGUAUUGCCCUAAUUAUAACAUUUAGUGUGUCUGGAAUCGCUGCCAUAUCAAACAUAAACCAACACUUUCUGUCAACCAGUGAGGCUCUACGAUUUUGGACCCCACUCACAAUCUGCUACACUCUACUGGUUGUGUAUAUGAAUGAGGAUCGCCAUCAACAGCCUGGCCAGCAGAUUCUCAAUACAGUUGUUGUGCGACUGGGUGGCCUUUUCGUGUUACUAAUUACAGUGGGCAGGUGGUCAGAUGUACUCCAUGUUCUAAUCUGUUUCAUUGGUGAAGCUGCAUCCCUGUUACCAUCUCAAGACCUUUUGGAAGCCAUAUAUCAGCAUGCCACCUACGUGCCUAAAGGCCCAUUAAAAAGACCUGGAAACUGGGGAGAACAAAAGAAACUGGAAAAAUUUGACUGAUCUUGGAUAAAAAUCACUUAACCUGAGCUAUAUAUUCUCUACAAAAUACAAACAUUGCUGCUUCAAUAAAUACCAUCUAGGCUGUAAACACAACCCCACAAGGGUCUGUGUUUUGUCUAAAAAAAGUGUACAUUUAAGUAUUUAAGAGAUAUGCUAUUCUGUCCUUAAAUAAAUGCAUUACUCCCUCAAUAUUUUAGUACUGCAUGAAAUGAAGGCCUUUUAUCAUAAUAUAUACAGCCAUUCACUGUAUAUAGGCCUAUAUGGUGAAUUGAAUUCCCUCUACACCUAGCUCAAUAGCCUAUACAUUAUUUAUAAUCCGAGUUCUCUAAUUCAAUUCUUGUCACAAUAUUAAUUUUGGAUUAUCUAUGAUGACUUGGUUUGAGCAAAUAGUUGUAUUCAGAAGUCACCCAAGCAUUAUAAAAGAAAAUACAACAAAAACAGUUCAAAGCAGCAAUUACACUUUUAUAUUACACAACAUAAUUACGUAGUGGCUUUUAACAUCUUUUGAGCCCUAUAACAUUUAAGUUCCGUCAAUUCCUUGUAAGCAGCACCCAAGCGCUAAAGAACUUAAACUGAACUUGAACCCAAAAUAGCUCCACUGGAAACAAAAUGGCCGCGGCGCUGUCAUUUCUUUUGUUGUGCUGGUUUUUGUCUACACUCGGCUAUGCUCAAAAUGGCGUCAUAUUUAAAAAAAAACAUUCUUUUGGUAACUGGCGCCAAAAAGUAACAACUGAACAAUCAAGAACAUCGAGUGUGUGAUCUGUUUUGUGAGCGUAAAUCGCUUUGGUCUGGUAUUUAAUCUGUGGGUGUUUAAUUCUUCACGGUAAGGCUAUGCAAGAUGUUUUCAUUCGCUCAGACAUACAUGGACAAAACAUUUCUCUCAAACGCAUUCCACAUUUUGUCCUUUUGUAAAUUUUUGUUUACAAACCCGUCGUUUCCUCUGUCGAACAAAUAGAUUACAAUUAUUUUUUUUAGUAACUUAGUAAAGCAGUAAAUGUCUUCUUGUCCUUAGAAGUUUGCCACACCGUCUUGAAUUGUUUAGGAGCGGAGAAAAAAGAAACAUUUGGUGUCCAAGUAUCCAAGGGAUUAAUUUAUUGUAUAACAUGCAACCAUACUGUAUAGGCCUAAAUUGCGCAUUUGUAUUUCCAUUGUGCAAUUAAUCCCAAAUCCAAUCCCAAAAGCACUGUCAAAGAAUUACAUUUUAUUAGUUCAAUUCCAUAAAUAAUAAGGAUUUAGGCAGAUCCAGAAAGUCCAUGCAAUUCCCGUGAAGACUCAAGACUGAAUCUGAAGAUUAGUAUGUGGCUUGCUUGAGAACCAGCUCCACCUCAGUACAAGUUCCAGAAUUUUCUGCCAGUCAGAGGGU